CUUCGGUCAGUUCUGAGCCUUGGACUGGAGAUCGCAAACCCUGGUAUUUUCAAUAUGCUGAGCUCAUCAGUACCCAUGAUACACUCCCGAAACGCUGUAGCCCUUGAAGUUCUGGGCGUGUUAACUUUGCUCAUGCGACAACAAGAUGGGAGAUUGUCCGGGUUGAGCUUUCCAAUCUUGUUGUAACCCAAGUCACACCAGUAUGGCAACAAAACCUCGUUGCGCGGCUCGCUUCCAUCAUCGUAAUCGCCUGGUGCUGCAACUGCUGUCGAGGAACACGGAGGGGAUGCGCAAACUGUGGUGGCCAUGAAUAUGGACAAGAUCGGUCUGGUCAAUGUCCAGAGCGAUGAGCCUAUACCGGUAUAUCGGUCAAUCGUGGACGCAGAGACUGGUUGCAAUUCGGCUGGAUAACGAGAGGCCAAGCUGGCCGUCGAUGCCUCCAAGAAGAGUACAAGCAAUCAUUUGGUCCACCAUCCGAGACUACAACAUUCUAUUGCUAGUGGUUCAAUUAGCUGCUAUUUGCAAUGGGUUGCCCAGUGCCAAAUCCCCUUCGAACGCCUCACGGUCAUGCUUGGAGCACGCCGAAUCACUUGUCGGUACACCGAUUCACAUGCGUAGCACAUCUGUGGUGCUUCAGUACGUUCGGAUGGUUGCGUUUGAACUGGAAUUCGCAAGCUCUGGACCUCUCGCAUAUAUUGAACUCCAAGUCAUCCCGGGCACAGUGCCAAAACGCUGUAUCCCUCGAAUCGCUGGGUUCCUUGACCUUGAGGAUGCAUGAUAGAGCCUCAAAGCUGCCGGGAUUCAGCCCUGCAGUCUUACUGUCUGCAAAGUCGCACUCAGUCGGCAGCAACACCUCAUCACAUGGCCCGCUCCC